AUGACGAACACAGAUGAUACAGAGAGUUGCGGCAGCAGAGCCGUCGUGGCUUCGCCGUCCCAAGAAAACCCUAGACACUACCGGAUGAAACUCGACGUCUACAGUGAAAUCUUACAGCGACUCCAAGAAUCUAACUACGAAGAAGCUACUCUUCCUGAUUUCGAGGAUCAACUUUGGCAACAUUUCAAUCGCCUCCCUGCUCGAUAUGCUCUGGAUGUUAAAGUUGAGAGGGCAGAAGAUGUUCUCACACAUCAGAGAUUGUUGAAAUUGGCUGAAGAUCCUGCUACUAGACCUGUCUUUGAAGUUCGUAGUGUACAGGUUUCUCCCAGAAACUCUGCUGACUCUGACCCUGCGUUGGAAGAAGAUUCUCAAAGCUCUAGCCACCUAAACAGGCAAGGCGUUCUUGCUCCUCCAACUUUUGGCUCUUCUCCAAAUUUUGAGGCUAUUACACUGGGAAAUAAAAUUGUGGAAGAUGAUGAUAGUGCGGUUAAUGCAACAUUGGCUACUCGACCGAUGCAUGAGAUCACCUUUUCAACCAUCGACAAGCCUAAACUCCUUAGUCAGCUUACUUCCCUGCUUGGCGAGCUUGGAUUGAAUAUUCAGGAGGCUCAUGCUUUCUCCACUGCGGAUGGUUUUUCAUUGGAUGUCUUUGUUGUUGAUGGUUGGUCUCAGGAGGAAACAGAUGGUUUAAAAGAUGCAUUAAGCAAGGAGAUACUGAAGCUUAAGGAUCAACCUGGUUCUAGACAGAAGUCUAUUGCUUUCUUUGAGCAUGACAAAUCAAGCGACGAGCUGAUACCCGCCUGCAUUGAAAUACCCACGGAUGGAACUGACGAGUGGGAGAUUGACGUGAAACAGCUCAAAGUUGAAAAGAAAGUGGCAUCUGGUUCAUAUGGGGAUCUGCAUAAAGGCACUUAUUGCAGUCAGGAAGUUGCUAUCAAAUUUCUUAGGCCUGAACGUGUAAACGCAGAGAUGCUUAGAGAAUUUUCUCAAGAAGUUUAUAUUAUGAGGAAAGUCCGACAUAAAAACGUUGUUCAGUUUUUGGGUGCAUGCACACGAUCUCCGACCCUCUGUAUUGUGACUGAGUUUAUGUCUCGGGGGAGCAUUUAUGAUUUUCUGCACAAACAGAAAUGCGCUUUCAAACUUCAAACUAUGCUUAAAGUUGCACUUGAUAUUGCAAAAGGGAUGUGUUAUCUGCAUCAGAACAAUAUCAUUCACAGGGACCUGAAGACUGCAAAUCUUCUUAUGGAUGAACAUGGGCUUGUCAAGGUUGCUGAUUUUGGAGUUGCCAGAGUACAGAUCGAAUCAGGGGUAAUGACGGCUGAAACAGGGACGUAUCGAUGGAUGGCACCAGAGAUCCCAUAUGCUUUCUUGACUCCACUACAAGCGGCUGUUGGUGUUGUUCAGAAGGGGCUUAGACCGAAGAUUCCAAAGAAGACACACCCAGAAGUGAAGGGACUUCUAGAGAGAUGCUGGCAGCAAGACCCAAAAGAAAGACCAGACUUUGAAGAAAUUAUAGAAAUGCUUCAACAGAUAAUGAAUGAGGUUGGGGAUGAAGACCAAGGCAAGGAUAAGCACUGUCGUAGUCUCUUACAAGCCCUCAAAAAGCCCCGUUACUAG